AUGGAUUUAUUUGAGCUGUAUGGUCUGGCCCACGGGGCGGAGGAGACGAUUUUGCGCUCAACCAGACAGGAUCGCGUCGUCGACUUGAGUCCCAACAAGUUUGCAAGGUGCGGCGACACCGGGGCUACGGCUGGCAGGGCGGCGCGUCAAUCGGUCGGUCACGCGGAGGGUGGCGGAGAGUCGGCUGACCAAUCAGCUCCGGCUUCGGUUGGAUCAAUAGAAAGUGGAACACCGAUUGAGGACAGUGAUCGUCUAAGGCUCGAGGUGUGUGUGUGUGUAUGUGUGUAUGUGUGUGUGAAUGUGUGA